CUUUUCUUCUCCUUCUCAUUUCCCUUCUCUGUGCUCUUGAGCUACAUUCAUUUGCCUGCUGGAUCUUAGAAAACAAUAGAUUACUGUCUUCUAUUUCAGAUUUCAACCUUCCAAGGAAAAAUCUUCUGUUGCAUUUAAGAGAAAAUUUAAGCUCACUAAGAGAAUGUCGAAUACUGGUUCACUCAAGCAAGAAUUUCUCAAGAAAUGGAUACAAGGACUUAAAGCGUGCUGUGCUAAAAAGAAAGAAAUGAGCAUAAUGGAGAGAAAGAAAGCUAUAAAGCUAUCAGCAGAUUUGGCCAUGGCUUCCACAAGAAACUCUACAACAUAUUGGAGCCAUACCCUUAUGGCCAAUGCUUUACAAGCUAACAAAAACAAAUUCAUUGUUUCCGACAUUCUCGGCAAUGACUCUGAUCAUGGCAUAAAAAAAUCUUCAAUGAGAGUACUGGCCACGUCGCAUAAGAACAUGAGAAGCAAGAAAAUUCUCAAGAAAAGUUGUAACAUUUCAAGAAGAAGUAAAAAGAUGGCUUUAGGUCGUUGUAUAGCAAGAAAUCUAGUGAAUAAGAGAACCCAAGUUCUAAAAAGACUUGUCCCUGGAGGAGAAUACAUGGAUGAUGAAUGUUUGAUCAAAGAAACCUUAGAUUAUAUCCUUUCACUAAGAGUUCAAGUUGAUGUUAUGAGGCAUCUUGCUAAUAAUGCUACUCACGCGGUUUCUCAUACUACAACAACAUCAUAGUUGUUCCUUUUCUUCUCUUAGUUUUCUUUUUAACCAUCAAGUCAGAAUACUUCUUCUCCUUUAUCUUUUUUUUCCCCCAAACUUUCUCAUGGAAUUUUUUGGGCAUUGGUUUGAUUAUCAAGAAGAAGAAGAAGAAGAUGAUAAUUCUUAGUGUAACCUGUCACAAUGUAUAUAAGACUAUAAGUAAUGCAUAUAUGUUAUACAUAUAUUUUUGGAAGA